GCGCCCGGAUGGGACUCUUCUUAAAGGGGCCGCGUGCCUGACCUCUGUGGGACCGAAAGGCGGCCAGAGGCUCCGGGGGCGGGGUGUGUGUGUGUCUGGAACGGUGAGAUGGGCCCAGAGAAGGAAGAAGCCUUAAGACUCGAGAACUGCGGGAAUGGGAGUUUGGGGGAAUGUUGUUUGGAGGCAGAUUCCCUAGGAGCUAGGGGUGCGGACUCUCAUUGGUUCUUCUAGUCCUUUCUAUCUCAACCUACGGGGGUCUUUCGGAGAUCGACAGCCCUAGAAACCAAUCAGCUUCGUGGACGGCUGCGGGCGCGACUCCUAUUGGUUUACUCCAUCCGAAGGAUGUUCCCUGCUCCGACGCCGCGAGUGUCACCAUGGCCUUCUGGACACAGCUGAUGUUGCUGCUUUGGAAGAAUUUCAUGUACCGCCGGAGACAGCCGAUCCAGCUUCUGGUGGAACUGCUGUGGCCUCUCUUCCUCUUUUUCAUCCUGGUGGCCGUCCGCCAUUCCCACCCCCCACUGGAGCACCAUGAGUGCCACUUCCCUAACAAGCCCCUGCCAUCAGCCGGCACCCUGCCGUGGCUUCAAGGCCUUAUUUGCAAUUUGAACAACCCCUGCUUCUCCAGCUUGACCCCCGGAGAGAAGCCUGGACUCCUUACCAACUUCAAGAACUCAUUAAUCUCCAGGCUUCUAGCUGAUGCCCACACCGUGCUGGGGAGCCCCAGCGUCCACCAGGCACUGACUGCUCUUGGGAAGCUGAUGCCAUUGCUGGAGAGUGCUGGCAAUAAAACCGGGCCUCAACACAGUGACCCACUGAAGGAACAACCCUCACUGGCCACGGCGUUUCUGGGGAUGCUGUCACAAGGGGAAUCUUUGUUGAAGGCACUGGGCCAAACCCAGGAAACGGUGAAUACCUUUGUGGAAGCUGCUGAGAACCUGACCCAGGAGCUUCUAGCUCUGCCCAGCUUGGUAGAUCUCCGGGCUCUGCUGCGGAGACCCCAGGGAUCAAGUGGCCUUCUACAGCUGAUAUCAGAAGCCUUCUGCAGUGCCAAGGGGUCCAGCAGCCCAGGUGGUCUCUCCCUCAACUGGUAUGAAGCCAGCCAACUGAAGGAAUUGGUAGGGCCCGAGCCUGGACCACCCCUGAUGGCUGAUGGCCUGAGUGACGGUGAGGUUGCUGCCUGCACCAAGCUGAUGGGGGUCCUGGAUGAUCACCCGAUGUCUUACCUGCUCUGGAGACGUCUGAAGCCACUGGUCCACGGGAAACUUCUAUUUGCACCUGACACAAAUUUUACUCGGCAGCUCAUGGCCCAGGUGAACCGGACUUUUGAGGAGCUGUCUCUGCUAAGGGAUGUCCAGGAGGUCUGGGGGGUACUGGGUCCCCAGGUCUUUGACUUCAUGAACAACAGUGACAAUGUGGCCAUGCUACAGGGGCUUCUGGAGAUGCAGAACCAAGGGCAGAGAAGGCCGGGAACUGGAGGUUCAAACAGAACUGAGACGAUCAUGUCCUUCCUGGAUCCUAGCAGGGGAGGCUACAGCUGGCGGGAUGCCCACAAUGACAUAGGACACCUGGUGGGCACUGUGGGCCAAGUGAUGAAGUGUGUAUCCCUAGACAAGCUCGAGGCCGCACCUUCUGAGGCAGCGUUGGUGUCACGGGCCCUGCAACUGAUUGCUGAGCGCCGUCUCUGGGCGGGCAUCGUCUUCCUGGCGCCAGAGGAUCCCCAGAAUCUCACAGAGAUGCCAGCUCCUGGCUUGGGCCCUGGCCAUGUGCGGGUCAAGAUUCGAAUGGACAUCGAUGAUGUCACGAGGACCAAUAAGAUCAUGGACAAGUUUUGGGACCCUGGUCCCUCUGCAGAUCCUCUGGUGGACCUUCGCUAUGUGUGGGGAGGCUUCGUGUACCUGCAAGAUCUACUGGAGAAUGCAGCAAUUCGAGUGCUAAGCGGUGCUCAGCCCCGGGUGGGCCUCUACCUGCAGCAGAUGCCCUAUCCCUGCUAUGUUGAUGACGUGUUCUUGCGUGUCUUGAGCCGGUCACUGCCACUCUUCCUGACAUUGUCUUGGAUCUACUCGGUGGCACUGACGGUGAAGGCUGUGGUGCGUGAAAAGGAAACACGACUACGCGACACGAUGCGUGCCAUGGGACUCAGCCGUGCAGUUCUCUGGCUGGGCUGGUUCCUCAGUUGCCUUGGGCCUUUCCUUCUCAGUGCCGCACUGCUCGUGAUGGUACUCAAGCUGGGAGAUGUUCUCCCCUACAGCCACCCGAUGGUCAUCUUCCUGUUCUUGGCCACCUUCUCGGUAGCCACGGUGGUCCAGAGCUUCUUGCUGAGCGCCUUCUUCUCCCACGCCAACUUGGCAGCCUCUUGUGGGGGCCUCAUCUACUUCUCGCUCUAUCUCCCCUAUGUGCUGUGCGGGGCCUGGCGGGAGCGGCUGCCUGCCGGAGGCCGUGUAGCUGCGAGCUUGCUGUCACCCGUGGCCUUCGGCUUCGGGUGUGAGAGCCUGGCGCUGCUGGAGGAGCAGGGCGAGGGUGCACAGUGGCACAACCUGGGCAUUGGGCCUGCAGCUGACGUCUUCAGCCUGGCACAGGUCUCCGGCCUCCUGCUGCUGGAUGCUGUGCUCUAUGGCCUUGCCCUGUGGUACCUGGAGGCCGUGUGCCCAGGACAGUACGGGAUCCCGGAACCAUGGAAUUUUCCCUUCCAGAGGAGCUACUGGUGCGGACCUGGAGCCCCCAAGGGCCCUGCCCCAGCCCCUGCCCCACAAGACCCAAAAGUUCUGGUAGAAGAGGCACCUCCUGGCCUGAACCCCGGAGUCUCCAUUCGUGGUCUGGAGAAGCGCUUUCCUGGCAGUGCACAGCCAGCCCUGCGUGGACUCAGCCUGGAUUUCUACCAAGGCCACAUCACUGCCUUCCUGGGUCACAAUGGAGCGGGCAAAACGACCACACUGUCUAUCCUGAGUGGCCUCUUUCCACCCACUGGUGGCUCCGCCUUUGUCCUGGGCCAUGAUGUGCGCUCCAGCAUGGCGGCCAUCCGGCCUCACCUGGGCAUCUGCCCACAGUACAACGUGCUGUUUGACCUGCUGACAGUAGAGGAGCACGUGUGGUUUUAUGGCCGGUUGAAGGGUCUCAGUGCGGCUGCAGUAGGCCCGGAGCAGGAACGUCUGCUGCAAGAUGUAGGACUCAUCCCCAAGCGGCUCACACUGACACGGCACCUCUCUGGUGGAAUGCAGAGGAAGCUAUCUGUGGCCAUUGCUUUUGUGGGUGGCUCCCAAGUGGUUAUCCUGGAUGAGCCUACUGCAGGUGUGGAUCCUGCUUCCCGCCGCAACAUUUGGGAACUACUGCUCAAAUACCGAGAAGGUCGCACACUGAUUCUCUCCACCCACCACCUGGAUGAGGCAGAGCUUCUGGGAGAUCGCGUGGCCAUGGUGGCGGGUGGCCGCCUGUGCUGCUGUGGAUCUCCGCACUUUCUACGGCGUCACUUGGGCUCUGGCUACUACCUGACCCUGGUGAAGAAGUCCCCACCCCUGAAUAGUGGUGAGAAGAGUGAUACUGACUCAAAGGACAGUCUGGAUACCGGACAGGAGGGGGAGCCGGGCCACCAGAACAGUGUAGCAGGUUCAUCCCAGCUCCUGGCCCUCGUGCAGCGCUCGGUGCCUGGGGCACAGCUGGUAGAGGAGCUGCCCCGAGAGCUGGUGCUGGCCCUGCCCUACCCGGCUGCCCUGGAUGGCAGCUUUGCCUCCCUCUUCCAGGAGCUGGACCAAGGCCUGGGGGCACUGGGCCUCGCUGGCUAUGGGAUCUCGGACACCAGCCUGGAGGAGAUCUUCUUGAAGGUGGUGGAGGACUGUGCUGUGGAUGCAAACCAGGAUGGCUUGGCAGAUGGCAACUCCAGGCAGCAUCUGAGGACCCAAAUUGCCCCCCUCCGGCUCAAGACACUGCCAGAGGCCUCAGCCCUGGAGAAUGGGGAGCCUGCUGGGUCAGCCUCGGAGAAUCAGGCCCUGCAGGGUUGUUGGACGGUGGCCGCAGGUCGGGUACAGGGCAAUGCGUUGAUCCGCCAGCAGCUCUGGGCCCUGCUUCUCAAGCGUUUUCUGCUGGCGUGUCGCAGCCGCCGUGGCCUGUUUGCCCAGAUCGUGCUGCCUGCUCUGUUUGUGGGCCUGGCUCUGUUGUUCAGCCUCAUCGUGCCUCCUUUUGGCCACUACCCACCUCUGCGGCUCAGUCCUGCCAUGUACGGCGCCCAGGUCUCCUUCUUCAGUGAGGACGCACCACGGGACGCUGUUCAGGCCCGCCUGCUUGAGGCCCUGCUCAGGGAGGCAGGACUGGAGGGGCCCUGCCUGCAGAACACCUCCACCAGGGAGCCUGCGCCUGCGCCCACACAGCGCCCUGCGUGCCAGUUCUCUGUCCCCGAGAUUCCUGCUGAUGUGGCCGAAGGCUUGGCACGUGGCAACUGGACCCUGGAGUCUCCAUCCCCUGCUUGCCAGUGCAGUCAGCCUGGAGCCCGCCGCCACCUGCUCCCUGACUGCCCAGCGGGGGCUGGGGGCCCCCCACCACCCCAGGUUGUGGCCCGCUUGGGAGAAGUGGUACAGAAUCUGACAGGCCGGAACCUGAGUGAUUUCCUGGUGAAGACCUACCCACGCCUGGUGCACCAGGGCCUGAAGACUAAGAAGUGGGUAAAUGAGGUCAGAUAUGGGGGCUUCUCACUAGGGGGCCGAGAUCCUGACCUCCCCACGGGGCGUGAGGUGGGCCACACAGUGGAGUUACUCCAGUCACUGCUGAAGCCCCAGGCCGGUGAAGCUCUGGACAGGGUGCUGAACCACCUCACAGAAUGGGCUCAUGGCCUAGAUGGGCAGAACAACCUCAAGAUCUGGUUCAACAACAAGGGCUGGCAUGCCAUGGUGGCCUUCCUCAACCGAGCCAACAACGCAAUCCUACAGGCCCACCUGCCCCCAGGCCCCGCCCACCGGGCCCACAACAUCACCACGCUCAACCACCCACUGAACCUGACCAAAGAGCAACUGUCUGAAGUCGCGCUGAUGGCCUCCUCAGUGGACGUCCUUGUCUCCAUCUGUGUGGUCUUCGCCAUGUCCUUCGUCCCAGCCAGCUUCACCCUUGUGCUCAUCGAGGAGCGUGUCACUCGAGCAAAACACCUGCAGCUCCUUGGGGGCCUGUCCCCGACCCUUUACUGGCUCGGCAACUUUCUCUGGGACAUGUGUAACUACUUGGUGGCUGUGUGCAUAGUGGUGCUCAUCUUCCUGGCCUUCCAGCAGAAGGCGUAUGUGGCUCCUGCAAACCUGCCUGCUCUCCUGCUCUUGCUAUUGCUGUACGGCUGGUCCAUCACGCCACUCAUGUACCCAGCCUCCUUCUUCUUCUCCGUGCCCAGCACGGCCUAUGUGGUUCUCACCUGCAUCAACCUCUUCAUUGGCAUCAACGGCAGCAUGGCCACCUUUGUGCUUGAGCUCUUCACUGAUGAGGCGCUGCAGGAAGUGAGCCGGAUCUUGAAAAGAGUCUUCCUCAUCUUCCCCCACUUCUGCCUGGGCCGAGGGCUGAUUGACAUGGUGCGAAACCAGGCCGUGGCUGAUGCCUUUGAGCGCUUAGGAGACAAGCAGUUCCAGUCUCCCCUGAACUGGGAAGUGGUUGGCAAGAACCUCUUGGCCAUGGUGGUGCAGGGGCCUCUCUUCCUCCUCGUCACGCUUCUCCUCCAGCACCGCAGCCACCUCCUGCCACAACCCAAGGUUAGGCUUCUGCCACCCUUGGGAGAGGAAGAUGAGGAUGUGGCACGGGAGCGCAAGCGAGUUACCAAAGGGAGCACCGAGGGGGAUGUAUUGGUGCUCAGGGAUUUGACCAAGGUGUACCGAGGGCAGAGGACGCCAGCCGUGGAUCGCCUGUGCCUUGGGAUCCCCCCUGGGGAGUGUUUCGGGCUUCUGGGAGUGAAUGGAGCAGGAAAAACGUCCACCUUUCGCAUGGUGACUGGGGACACCUUGCCCAGCAGCGGCGAGGCAGUGCUGGCAGGCCACAGUGUGGCCAAGGAACCUGCUGAAGCUCACCGCCGCAUGGGCUACUGUCCUCAGUCGGAUGCCAUCUUCGACUUGCUAACAGGUCGGGAGCACCUGGAACUCUUUGCACGUCUGCAUGGUGUUCCUGAUGCUCACGUGGCACAGAUAGCCAGCCUUGGCCUGGCUCGCCUAGGGCUCCCACAGUAUGCAGACAGACCUGCUGGCACCUACAGCGGAGGCAACAAACGGAAACUGGCCACAGCUAUCGCGCUGGUUGGGGAUCCUGCUGUGGUCUUUCUGGAUGAGCCCACCACAGGCAUGGACCCCAGUGCACGGCGCUUCCUCUGGAACAGUCUCCUGGCUGUAGUGCGGGAGGGGCGCUCCGUGGUGCUCACCUCGCAUAGCAUGGAGGAGUGUGAAGCUCUUUGCACACGCCUGGCCAUCAUGGUAAAUGGGCAAUUCCGCUGCCUGGGCAGCGCGCAGCAUCUCAAGAGCAGAUUCGGAUCUGGCCACACCCUGACCCUGAGGGUCCCGGCGGACCAGCCCGAGCAGGCAGCGGCCUUCGUGGUGGCGGCGUUCCCGGGGGCCGAGCUCCGCGAGGUGCACGGUGGCCGCCUGCGCUUCCAGCUGCCGCCGGGAGGGCGCUGCUCCCUGGCGCGCGUCUUUGGAGAGCUGGCGGCGCGCGGCGCGGACCACGGCGUGGAAGACUUCUCCGUGAGCCAGACCACCCUGGAGGAGGUAUUCCUAUACUUCUCCAAAGACCAGGGACAAGGUGAAGAAGAGGAUCACCAGCCAGAAGCUGGAGCUGGAGAGGAGAUGGACUUCCAACCAGGCCCGCAGCGUCCCAAACGCAUCAACCGGUUCCUAGAGGACCCCAGCAUGGUGGAGACCAUGCUCUGAGCCUCCCUGAUGGUGGGGGGGGGGGUGUCUUGGGAGGCCCCUAGAGGCAAAGGCAAGAUACAAGUCCUGGUGCCUAAGCUCCAACCUGCAGAACUCAAGCAUCUAAAGAGAAAAUAAAGAGAAGUUUGCAGAGA